AUGCUGUUCUUCACUCAGGAGUAUUCAAGUUAUGACAUUCCCAACCAAGACACGUCGCUUGACGCAGCGGAUCCGCAGCUUGAGCGACAGGUCGAAAUAAUCCGCAAUCUCGUUGAGUCAUACAUGAGAAUAGUGCAUAAAACACAGAGAGAUCUCGUUCCCAAACUGUUGAUGCACAUGCUUGUUAACGAAAUUAAGAAAUUCCUGAAAGGUGAAUUACUGCCCAAUCUGUACCAAGCGGGGGAUUUGAACACUCUGAUGAUAGAAUCACACGGUGUGCAACAGAAGCGGGAGGAAAUGGUUCGGGUCUACGAUGCGAUGAAAGAAGCGCUGAGCAUUAUCGGAGAGGUAUCUAUGUCCACAGUUUCGACUCCACUACCACCACCCGUCAACGACGAUUGGUUAUUAGCUGAUGGAGCUUUGACACCAUCAGGUGGAUUUAGUGGCCCGCCACCUCCCAGUCCUAGCGGAAAUCGUCGACCUCCUCCGCCUCCUCCAGGCGGAAUCACGGGAGGGAAGGUUCUCGCACCAUCGGCCGUCUCUCGCUCUGCACCAUCCGGGCGGACACCAGGAUCCCAGUCCAAUACGCAGCUUCCUCCGCCAUUGAUUCCGCAACGCCUAAUACCAGACGUCAUCUCGACCAAGACGCAGCCUUUAAACCAUCCGUCCUCGUUCACCUUCGCCUCACCCUAUGCACUUAUUCCUCCUGCGUUACCCGCACGUCGCUGAGCCGUUGCGGAGGGAUACUACCACAAAUGGCCUACCGGAAUUGGUUGUGAAGA